GGUUGUUACCAGAAUAUUAUUAAUAUGUGUAAAGCCCCUACAACAGUACCUAACAUAGUAUGAGUAUAUAAGUCAUGGUUUUACUAGAGAAACAUAUAAGAUGUACAAAUUAUAAGAAAUUACAAGUUUGGCUUAUAGGAUGCUCAGCUACAGAGCUGGAUGAGGAAAUGUGCAAAAGGUGUCUGCAUGCUGGAAGCUGCAGGAUUCAGUCCAAGGUCUGGAGCUUAUUUCAGUGUUUGUGCAAGUCCAGAUCAGGAAACUGAUGGGUCAGUGACAGAAGACUGAAGCUAGAAGCCAGGAGAUGACAUCCAAAUUGAAGGCGAAACCUGAAGCCCAGAAGCCCAGAGAACAGGAGUCUGUCUGUCCUACCUCAUUUCCCUUUUAUGUUGUCCGAGUGCGGAGCCACCCUAGGGUGGGUCCUCUACACCCGAAGGGGUAGGAUUGUUGAGCUGACUUAGUUAAGCUUCUAAACUUCUCAAGCUGACACCAUCAACUAACCACUACAUUAUACUAUCAUUAUAAAAGAGCCACAGGGGCAGGGGAUUUAGCUCAGCUGCAUAAGCACCUGCCUUGCAAGGGCACGGUCGUCAUUUCGAUCCCCGGUGCCAAAAUAAAUAAAUGAGCAACUGGAUUACUUGGGUCCUUUCUUCCUAGUCAUGCACCUGAACUCUUCAUUCAUUCUCUGGUCCCUCAUGCCAUGAAUUCUUUCUACAAAACAUAUAACAGCUUCUGAGCAUGUUCUCCACCAACCACUAUUGUCUAGAAUGGUCAGUGGUCUAGAAUCUUCUUGAGAGACAAGAACCUUGGGACCCUCGUGGUUUCCACUGCCGUGGGUCCCUCUUUCCACUUGUGGCCUCUGCCUUCCAAAAGGCUGUGUGCCCUGGAAAGCAGAAAGUAUUAACUGUCCCCACAAUCCCUUGCAGGUCCUUAUCAUCUGAAGGAAGAAAUCCAAUGUGCAGGCAUUGGGUAACAAUAGCACUGGCUAUGUGUUGAUCAGAUUCUUUUUAAUUUCUUCCUUGACCUUUGCCAAUAUUCCUGAUUCAUGGAUCUUGGAAAAGAAGGGAGGCUUCCUGGAACACAGUGAGACAUCAGCUCAGAGGAGGCCUAGAUGACAUUACCAGCCAGGCAUCAUCAGCGUCUGAACGGCUCUUCUGGCCUCUAAAACUGUGGCCAAAAACUUGGGCCAGCCUUUUCCCCCUGCACCUGGCUCGACAUGGGUCCACUUUUCCUCCUCUCUGGUUUCAAGACGCUUUCUGCCCGACUCCACGGAAUGAAUCCUCUCUAACAGUGGGAAAUGACUGGCACAGUGCUAGCGUUUUAGGUAGUCAGUGAUGGUAAUCGCCAUUCAUAACAGCAGUAACAUUCACAGCUCUUUGUCAGGUACCCUCUCAGCUUCCGGGGAACCUCAUCCAAUGGCUGAGCCCAUCCUGCCAGCGCAUCUUCUGAGGCCUCUUCCCAGAGGGCCUGGACUGCACUCCCGCAGGAACAGGCUAAAUCGGGAGCUCGAUUGCGGCAGGAAUGCGGUGCGAAAGCCCCUGAUGUCGCGCUGCCGCCUGCUCCAGCAGAGCGUGCCCUUCGCCCGCUCCCGCUCUCAGCGUCCGGCUCUGGCUCUGGGAACAUGGAUUCCCCAGCCUCCCGGAGGCGCGGAGACUGGGGAAGGGGCGCGCACCCCUGAAACACUCGCGCACUUACUUCCGACAUCCUUCUCAGCCCCGCCGACACUCGGAGUGAAGUCGGCAGCGCUCGGCUUUCCCGCCGCCGGGGGCGGGGCUACUCGACAUUGGCCCCGCCCCGGCCCCGCCCCGGCCCGCCCCCUCAGGUUGAUGGCAGCGGCAGCUGGGUCCGCAGCGAGGCGCGGCCCCGGACAGCCGCAGGCAGCGGCCGGAACGCGCAGCCCGCACCCGAGCCCAGACGCCGCGGACACCCCGAGAGGCAGUUCCUUCGCCCCCGGCGCACUCUCGGCCGGCUCCGCAGAGGAGUCGCAGCGUGAGCACACCCCCUCCCGGCUUAGGACCAGCUCAUAGAACUAAGGACAAAAGGCAUUUCUGAGCACCAGAUCCUCCAUCUUCACCGAAGCCAUGAGCCGCCGCGUGGUUCGGCAGAGCAAGUUCCGCCAUGUGUUUGGGCAGGCAGCAAAGGCUGAUCAGACCUACGAGGACAUUCGUGUGUCCAAGGUCACAUGGGACAGCUCCUUCUGUGCUGUC